UUCUUUUUUAUCGUGCUUCGCUGACGACACGUUGUGUUGCUGGAGUUUUUCCCACUUAUUUUAUAAAAUAAAUUACUAAAAAUGGCCAAGCGCACCAAGAAGGUUGGAAUCGUUGGUAAAUAUGGUACCCGUUAUGGUGCUUCCCUCCGUAAGAUGGUCAAGAAGAUGGAAAUUACCCAGCACAGCAAAUACACUUGCUCGUUCUGCGGCAAGGAUUCCAUGAAGCGCGCUGUCGUCGGCAUCUGGUCCUGCAAACGCUGCAAGCGCACCGUCGCCGGUGGUGCCUGGGUUUACUCCACAACCGCUGCCUCGUCCGUGCGCUCUGCUGUGCGUCGUCUCCGUGAGACCAAGGAACAGUAAACGCACGCUUUAAUGCUCCCGUUUAUGCUGUAGUUCCCAUAGUUUUAUAGACGAACGCGAUUUUCUUGUGGUUUACACCGGUCAAAUGGAAAAUAAAAGAAAAAUUGUUUUUACUUUA